UGAUGAUGGUAUCAUACGCUACCCCUGCUUACCGUGUUCCCAUCCCUGCUUAUCCUGCGCAUACCCUCAAACCCACCAGAGCCAUAUUCUCGGUUCGCUCAAGCGCUCAAAUCCCAGUUCCCUUUCGUCCUUAAAAGCAAAUCCCUUUUUGCAAUGUGCCUUGCUAUGUCGAGUAAAUGUUUGGUUGCUGAGAAAGUGUAUUAAAAGAAAGGAAAUUGAAUUUUGAAACUCUGAAUUUUUAUUUACAUGGGACCAAGAAAACUAAAAUGUCUGUUGGUUGUGAAAGCAGUGGACUCAUUGUAUUCAGAGUUCAGAGCUGUGGACAAUCUGGUUGCCCGCAACACAGCCCGUGUUCUUAAGGCUUACCAGAAUGCCCGGGUAGGAUAUCAUCACUUUGGUGGAUCCACCGGCUAUGGUCAUGAGGAAACCAGGGGUAGAGAAGCACUUGACAAAGCUUUUGCAGAAAUUUUUGGGGCUGAAUCUGCAAUUUUCCGUUCACAGGUUUUCUUCAUGCUUUCUGUUCUUCUACUGCUUGGGGUUGUCUGCCACUUUGUUAAUAGACAUUGCUAUUUUGCCUCUAGGUUUUUUCAGGUACUCAUGCAAUCACUUGUGCUUUGUUUGCCUUCCAAAGGCCAGGGAUGA